AUGGGAGCCAACACCUUUGUGCUGUUCGAGUCGGCUUCUGGCUAUGCACUCUUUGAAGUCGUCGAAAGCGAAGAGAUUGGCGGUCUCGUGGCCGAGGUGCAGGCUGCGAUCGCAGACGUGUCUUCGUUUGGACGCAUUGUGAAGCUCAAAGCGUUUCAGCCCUUUACGUCGGCCGAGAAUGCGCUCGAGAACAUCAACAACAUCUCGGAAGGACUGCUCGGCGACGAUCUCAAGAACUUUCUCGAGAUUAAUCUCCCCAAGGUCAAGAGCGGCAAGAAGGGCAAAUUUGCCCUCGGCGUGCAGGACAAGGGACUCGCGCAGGCCAUCUCGGAUGAGCUGCACGCGCCAUGCAACACGAGCGAGACGACGCUCGAGAUUGUUCGCGGCGUGCGCAUGCACUUUAGCACGUUUGUCAAGGAGCUGGCCCAAGGCAACCUUGCCAAGGCGCAGCUCGGUCUCGGUCACUCGUACUCGCGCGCCAAGGUCAAAUUCAAUGUGAACCGUGCCGACAACAUGAUUAUCCAGGCGAUUGCUCUGCUCGACCAAAUGGACAAGGACAUUAACACGUUUGCGAUGCGUGUGCGUGAGUGGUACUCGUGGCACUUUCCGGAGCUGGUCAAGAUUGUCAACGACAACUACGUGUAUGCGCGCUGUGCUUCGUUUAUCAAGAAUCGCAACACGCUGAGUGAAGACUCGCUCGAGGAGCUGGCGCGGAUUGUUCUCGACGAAGACAAGGCCCAGCAGAUCUUGCAUGCCGCUCGCUCUUCAAUGGGCAUGGACAUGUCGGAAAUCGACAUGAUUAAUGUCGACAACUUUACCACUCGUCUCAUUAAGCUAGCCGAAUACCGUCGCCAGCUGCACGAGUACUUGGUUUCUAAGAUGGCAUCGGUUGCCCCGAACCUUGCUUCGCUUAUUGGCGAGUCCGUUGGCGCUCGUCUCAUCUCGCAUGCUGGUUCGCUGACCAACUUGGCCAAAUGUCCAGCCUCCACUGUGCAGAUUUUGGGUGCAGAGAAGGCUCUGUUUCGUGCAUUGAAGACCCGCGGCAAUACUCCCAAGUAUGGCUUGCUGUUUCACUCGACCUUUAUUGGUCGUGCCGCUUCCAAGAACAAGGGCCGCAUCUCACGUUACCUGGCGAACAAGUGCGCUAUCGCCUCGCGCAUCGAUUCGUUUAUUGACGAGCCCACUACAAAGUAUGGUGAAAAAAUGCGUGAGCAGGUUGAAGAACGCCUUGCGUUCUACGAGAGUGGUGCUGCUCCUCGUAAGAAUGCCGACGUGAUGCAGGAGGUGUCGGAAGAGCUCCAGCUGGCAGCCGCAAGCGGAGGCAAGAAGCAAAAGAAGGACAAGAAGUCGAAGAAGCGUCCUGCCGUCGAGGAGGAUGUCGAAGUGGAGCAGGGCAAGGACGACACAGUCGGAGAAAAGCCAAAGAAGGCCAAGAAAGACAAGAAGCUCAAGAGUGUGGACGAGGAGGUGGCGGCUGUGGCGGCUCCUGCUGCUGAUGCUGACAAGAAGAAGAAGAAGAAAAAGCACAAGAAGAAGGCCAAGACUGCGGAGUAG